AUGCCAUAUGGUAAUAGGGAAGGCGGUUGGUGGGGAGGCUGGCUUCAGCAAAGCUUCCAGGCCGUCAAAGAUAAGUCAGCUGAAGCGUAUGAAUUUAUCAAACGUGACUUAACGGAGUUCUCGAACGUGGUGCAACAUGACACUGCGUGUUCUAUCGUGGCUACAGCAAGCGCCGUCAGGAGCAAACUAGCGGUGGAGGGCUCCUCAGAGACAACAGAGAAGGUGAAAAAAGGACUGUCAAAUAUCCUAGGAGUCAUAACAGACACCCUUGCCCCACCUCCGGACAAAACAAUUGACUGUGAUGUUAUCACACUGGUAGCUACACCAGCUGGCACCACAGAAGUGUAUGACAGCACCAAGGCUCGUCUUUACAGUCUACAGGCUGACCCUGCCACUUACUGUAAUGAGCCCGAUGGACCCCCAGAGCAAUUUGAUGCCUGGCUCUCCAGCUUCAGUCUGGAGGAGAAGAAAACAGAGAUUUCAGAGCUGCUGGUCAACAGCCCCUCCAUUCGGGCUCUUUACACUAAAAUGGUGCCAGCAGCAGUAGCUCAUUCUGAAUUUUGGCAACGCUACUUUUAUAGAGUCUUUCAGCUGGAGCAGGAAGAGGCCAGGAGAGUGGCUCUGAAGCAGAGAGCGGAACGGACAGCACGCAAAGAGAGUUUGUGCUGGGAGGAAGAGGAUGAGGAAGAUGAAUUUCUUGGGGCCUCAUCCACAUCUCGUCUUGACUUUGCACCUCCUCUGGAAGAAUCCAGUGUCCCCUCAGUAACCUUGGAGACGACACCCCUAAAACCCUCCCCCUCUCAGCCAACCAGUUCUCCUAGUGAAGGCUUGUCUGACGUCACUCCCUCAGUCAGCAGUGACAGUGUCAGUCUUCCCACUCAGCUGGAGCUGCCACGGGAACCUUCUUCUGAAGGAGAAACUAUAAAACUCACCCAGCCUGUUACAGAGGAGCUCACCAUGAAGCUCUCUGAGGCCAGCCUGGAUGAAGGGCAAGGACAGGAAGAGGAGAAAGAAGGAAGAGGGAGAGAGGAAGGGCAGAAACCCCCAGAGAUUGACACCUCCACGGAGAAGGAGAAAGACCUCCAGACCCCAGCUCAGAUCAACAGGACUGAACCGACCAGAGAAGAUGGACCCCAGGACCUCAGAGUGUUUGAGCUCAACUCAGACAGCGGCAAAUCAACACCCUCAAACAAUGGCAAAAAAGGAUCUAGUACAGAUGUGAGUGAAGACUGGGAAAAGGAUUUUGACUUGGAUAUGACAGAAGAAGAGGUCCAGCUCGCUCUUUCCAAAGUUGAUGCUACAGAAGAGUUGGAUGAUGAGGACUGGGAAAACUGGGACUGAAGAACGAAGCAUUGUUUCGGGUUCUGUUGCGACCACGACGCGAGACGCUCUCCUCAGACAAAAACCAUGCUUCACGUAUUUUAACUCUUUAGCCCAUGCUAUCACCUUGUGUCUCAUUCCGUAAAUCAGGAGAUGCCGAUUACCGUAGGGCCUGCAGGGUGUGGUCUGAAGCCAAGAACGCUGAACUUUCAGCCAAUAAAAAGAUAUUGAUCGUGCAGAGCGUGCUAAGAGUGUCCACUGAGCAGCCAUCUUGUACAUACAUUUUCUUUAAGGUGAAUGAUUGGGUGAAUGUUUAUAAAGAGGAUGCCCCUCGGUCGUUCUAGGCUCUUUUUCCUGCUCCUAGUGGAUUUCUGAAGUAAGAGAUACAAUCUUUCGUAUUCUAUUGGCUCAAAUGUCACCAUUUGCCCUCUCUUCACAGUAAUGACAUUUAAUUUUACAGUAUGUAAGUCGUGGUAGUCUAGAUCAAAUUACAAGGUGGGAGAUCAACUUCAAGGCUACAGAAUAGCCAAAAGCUCAAAUGCUGCUAAUCACUUUUUGAGGAUGGGGUCAAAAACAAACAAACAAACAAAAAAACAAUGAAAUUCUACACAUGAAUAUAAAUGCUAUAUUUUUUUUUUCCUCAAGUGGUGACAUUGGAUUUCGUUCCUUUGCAGUCAAAUUACUAACAUCUCUAAUCUUAUGCAAAUGAAAUUAGCCUUUGGAAUUGAACAUAUGUUUGUUAUAGAGAGUGGGAAAUACUUUUGCAAAUGGAUCACUCUUCAUAACUGCACCACCUAUAUGGCCUUGUCCAAUGUGGAAAAUAUCUUUGUAAAACACUCAAAAAAAACAACAACUGUAUUUGACUAAACAUUACAAAGCCAUGAGUAGUUCAGUCUCCUUUCUUUAAAGUUUCAUUUCUUUUCUCUCCUUGCUGGGUCACUUUUCAUACAUUUUCAUUUUCACUUUGUUCAGGCAUAUGCUGUGACCUGGUAACAUCAUAUCAUAUCAUAUCAUAGAUGGGAGUGUGUUACCUUCUUCCUAUCUGUUUUUGCCAUAUUUCUUCUUAGAGGAGGGAGGUGUAGCCAUUUUCUUUGAAAAGGAAAAAAACCCCCAAAAACUUCCAAUCAUCUGUAAUUUGGACGCAAUAAGAAAAGUUGCAGAUAUGUCUUUGUCGUGAGGGCAGUGCAGAACUCUGGGUGUUGACCGGUGUUUUUUGUUUUGUGCUGCGUGGCUCCUCACUUGGACACUGAAUGCUACGUACUGACACUCCACAGUGGAUAGCCGUAAUGUCAAUUCCCUUUUGAUACGCUGCAACCUGAGGAAGUGAUUUGGGCUCAUGGGUGGUGGAACUGGACAUUGCUAUGUGUAAUGGUCAUUGCUGCAGUAAAUAUUCAAGUUAACUUAAGGUUUUUCUUACUUUUAACAUUCAGCCUGGAAACUGAUUUUCUCCAGCUUAUGGAUAUGGGCUUUAUAAAUCAACUGUUUUAUGUUUAGCCCAAGUGUAGUAAUGCCACUACUAUGUGUAGCACGUUGGUUCUGUUACAUUACGCUGAAUCAUUUGUGUAGUGGGUGUUCUCUUGUACAUUUUCAUGUUUAGUAGCUUAACAUCUUGUCUUUAAAGAGGCUUCACUUGUUUCUCUUGGCUUUGCAUAUAAGUUGCAUGUCUCAAUCAUUCUUUCACACUCUAUUCUGAGUAUGAUUACUACUAUGUUAAUGUAUUUUCACUUUUACAUAUUUGCACUUUAAAAAAAAAGAAAAAAAAAGGUAAUAGGUCUCGAGCUGUUGAUUUUUACGCCAAUAUA